CCACCUCACAAUCCCCUCCUUCAGUGCGCAAUCUCUGUUUCUUGGAGAAAAAAAUCAAGUAGAAGAACACGACGAAGAAGAAGAAGAAGAAGAAGAGGAAGAGGAGAAAAUCAAGAAAGUGAAGAAGCCGCCAUGGUUUCAGUAGCAGCAGCAGCAACAACAGCGACGAGAUCACCAUCGCAUCUCCUAUUCUCAAGCUCUCGUUCCCUCUCUCCUUUCCAACAAUGCGUUUUUGACUCAAAGACACUCGUUUCGUGUCCCAACAACAGUAAUAGUAAGAAGAAACAUGUCGCUGCCGGGGUUCGGUGCAUGGCUGUGGGCACAACAGAGGCGGGCGCGAAGAAGAAGAAGGGUGCGUUUGAGAUUGAAACGCUGACGAACUGGUUGUUGAAGCAAGAACAGGCGGGUGUGAUCGAUGCCGAGCUCACUAUUGUGCUGUCCAGCAUCUCCAUGGCGUGCAAGCAGAUUGCUUCGUUGGUUCAGAGAGCUAGCAUUUCCAACCUCACUGGGAUUCAGGGUGCUGUUAACAUUCAAGGGGAGGACCAGAAGAAACUUGAUGUUGUCUCGAAUGAGGUUUUCUCUAAUUGCUUGAGAUCAAGUGGAAGAACGGGGAUCAUAGCGUCAGAGGAAGAGGAUGUGCCUGUAGCAGUGGAAGAGAGCUACUCCGGCAACUACAUAGUUGUAUUUGACCCUCUUGAUGGCUCAUCAAACAUUGAUGCAGCAGUGUCCACCGGUUCUAUUUUUGGAAUAUACAGCCCAAAUGAUGAGUGUCUCGCUGAUCAUGGCGACGAUGCCACUCUUGACAACGUGGAACAGAGGUGCGUCGUAAGCGUGUGCCAACCAGGAAGCAACCUUCUUGCUGCUGGCUACUGCAUGUAUUCAAGCUCCGUCAUCUUUGUGCUAACAAUUGGAAAGGGUGUGUUUGCAUUCUCCUUGGACCCAAUGUACGGGGAAUUCGUGUUAACUCAGGAGAAUAUCCAGAUACCUAAAGCAGGAAAAAUCUACUCAUUCAAUGAAGGGAACUAUCAGCUUUGGGAUGACAAGUUGAAGAAGUACAUUGAUGAUCUCAAGGACCCCGGCCCUACUGGCAAGCCUUAUUCUGCUCGGUACAUCGGUAGCUUGGUCGGCGACUUCCACCGGACAUUGCUGUAUGGUGGCAUUUAUGGGUACCCCAGAGACAAGAAGAGCAAGAAUGGGAAGCUGAGGCUUUUGUAUGAAUGUGCACCGAUGAGCUUCAUAGUGGAACAAGCUGGUGGGAAAGGAUCAGAUGGCCAUAACAGAGUACUUGACAUUAAACCACUUGAGAUCCAUCAACGUGUUCCGCUUUACAUUGGAAGCCAGGAGGAAGUGGAGAAACUGGAGAAGUAUUUAGCUUGAUUAACAUGUGAUAAUAGAAGAGAAAGUAAAUUUGUUUCAUCCCAGUAAUACUUUUCUUUUUCUUUUUUGGAUGAAUGAAA